AUUUAAAACACAAACUAACAUGGCGAACUGCAACGUACAGCGCUGUGUGAGGAGCACAGUUCAUAAAAGUAAUCAUUUUUGGACAGAUGAAGAAACUCUCUUUAUGCUUAAUCAGAUUAAGAAACUAGACAUUCUGAAGUUCAUCGACGGACGAAAACAUCGUAACGUACAUAUGUUUAAAAAGGUGUCAAACAAAAUGGUGGAAGCGGGUUUCGUCCGAACAGUUGAACAAAUUCGCUGUCGCUGGAAAUCGUUGAAGCAAUCAUACUGUAAAGCGAAAGUACACAACAACACAAGUGGUAGUGAUCCAACCAAAUGCCCAUAUUUCGAUUUUCUAAACGAUAUGCUAGGUCGUUGGCACUUACCGGGCACCGGAGACCAAGGGAUAGACGUCAGUUUUCACAAGCCCACCACAACGCCCGAGCCCAGUCAGCCAGCGUCGCCACCGACACCCCCCUCUGCGCUGAACGCACAGGCUGCCAUUCCACAGAGGACUGCAAAGGCACUGCCUCUGCACUAAAAGGACCUCAACCGGCACAACUGAAUCCCGCCUCCUCUCUUCCGGGCCCCGCCCCUCCCAUUCAGCAGAGCCAAUCCCAAGCAGCUUUGCUGGGCCACCAUUCCACCACGUUCUGCGCGGAGGAGGCGGUCCUGCAGAAGAUGAGAUGGGCGUCGCAGGAGCUGCAGCGCUCCGCCUCGGUGGAAACCUGCAUCCAGCUCUGCAAUCUCAUCCGCAGCUGCGCAGAUUCACUGCGCAGCUUGAGAGACCUGAAGUUCUCACACUUUUGACAUCACUUCAAUCGCAUAACGCGUCACCAUUGUAUCCAGUCCAAACAGCACGUAAGCCUUGCUCGAGGCCGGGAAAUUCUGGUUAAGGAGUUCAUUUAAAAGAAAAUAACCUUGAAUUCCUCCAUCCCGAAGGACUCUAAAUCACUGCUGUUAGCACUGUGUUGAUGUUGCAGUUGUUUGACAGUUAAUCUGAGUUGCCAUGGUUGGGGAUUAGGAGUAGUGCAGGGUGGAGAGCCAAAGCAAGGUGUGCGUUCAUUCCUCACAUUCUUACCAUAUUUCUGGUAUUGUGGGAUGCGUCAUUUUGUGACGGAAAUCCCCUUUUGUUAUUUCUUAUAUAGCAACUUAAAGGUACAAUAGGUAAGAUUUUUGGGUUAAAACAUUGUUACAAGACCAUUAUAAAUCCCUUCCUAUCAUUGAAAAAGGCUCACUGACAUGUUGACUCACCCUCUGCCUGUGUUUAUAGUCCUUAAAUCCUUAAAUUCGGGGUUCAAAGUAUGCAGUUGACUGGCCGGCACUUUGUACCAAAACAUUGUGUAGAUGUACAAGAAUUUGGUUUUAAUGGCGUUUCAAUGUCAGCACGUUCACAAAGAAGGGGUGGGAUAAACAGUUUUGUGGUUUGAGCGCGUUUGUUGCUGCAAUUCCUCUCUUGACCGUUAGAAGUCCAAAAUUACCUAUUGUACCUUUAAAUUGUGGAGGAAAAGGCAAGUCUUAAUAAUUUGUUGAAAUAAGGUGAUCACAAUGUGUAUCUGCAGUGAUUUCUACUCAUUAAAACUGACCUGGGCACAACUCACUCCCUGUGUCUGUUAAAACCACAAUGCCAGGUUUGAACCAGACAUGUAUCGGAGAUGUCAAAUAAAAUAUUUUAUCAGCCCAAUUUCUGUGCAAAG